AUGGCGGCUACAAAUGCAAUGCAAAUGCAAUCCCUCCUUCUAGCAAGCCCCGUGACUGGCCUUGCUAAAAGGAGACGGAUGGUCCCAUUGUAUAACGUAAAACCCAUGGCCUGUUUUCAUAGGAAUGUCAAUCUUCAGGUCCGCUGCUUGGCAGAGGAAGAUGAUGUAAAGGAGAAAAUACCGACAGCAACGGCGUCAGAGCUAAAGCCGAACCCAAGCCCUGCUCUAGCAGAAUCAAAAGCAAGCACCAAAUUCUCCAAUGUGUUCGCUUUCAGUGGGACUGCACCGGAGAGGAUCAACGGUAGGCUGGCGAUGGUUGGGUUUGUGGCGGCGUUGCCGGUGGAGUUAACGAAGGGUCAAGAUGUGUUUACCCAAUUAUCGGACGGUGGGAUCCCGUUGUUCGUUGGGACGAGCAUCCUGCUUACGCUGGCAUCUUUGAUUCCAUUGUUUCAAGGGGUGACGGUGGAGUCAAAAUCGGGUGAUUUGAUGAGUUCGGAUGCUGAGUUGUGGAACGGAAGAUUAGCAAUGUUGGGACUCGUUGCCUUGGCUUUCACUGAAUAUGUCAAGGGUGGAACCCUUGUGUAAUAUACUGUUUCUCGCUCUUUGUUCUCACGUGGA